ACUCUUGUACGCAAACUGAAACAAAAGUGCGAAUUGGAAGAGAAAUUGAAGGAAGAAAUUUGGAAUCUGGAAUUAUCCAAGCAGGAAUUACUGCAGCAAGUGCAGCAGUUGACUCAAAAAUUAUCGCGAUGCCAAAUGGAGCAAGCGCGCAUGGCACGUCAAGAAAGCCUGGUGACACAAGAAUUGGAGCUUUUGAAAGCCGCUCACGAGAGCUGGUCCGAGACUCUUACACGACUUCAACAGGACCAUGAUAAACAGCUCGCGUCGCUACACAAAACCCUCGACACUACCCGCCGUGAAAAGGACGAACUCGCCAAGAAAUUGCAAACGUUGACCCUGGGCCGUACUACCACUGAAUUAGCAUUACUGGCAAAACGAGGAGUGAAUCAGGUUGAUUGUGAAAAUGCUGACGACGCUGACGACGACGAAGAUGACCAAGAUGGCAAGCUGGUGGAAUCACUUCAAUUAUCCUUGGCCCAAGCCCACAGCGUCGUUCAGAGCUUACAGCAAGACUUGGAUAAAGAGCGACAAAAACGGAGCGAGGUCGAUAAAUUAUUGCGCGAGUCACAGCAAACCAUCGAAAAUUUGCAUCGUCACCCUGAGCUGUUGUGGGCACCACCGACAAUGGCUCCGUCGCCUACCCUGGCUCAGUCACCUUCGUCUUCCUUUUAUGCACGAAAAACUGGUGAUAGUGAUACACUCCGUGCUGAUCCAGACCGGCCUGGGUCACCGAAGUUGCCCCGGUGCCGUUCUUUGGGCGAGGAACUGAGGCAAGCAAUGACAAUGGCGGCAGCGACAGUGACCGACAAUGGCAAAAAUGUAGUCCAGGGAACCAAAAACAUGAGUGAGCGAUCAAAGAAAUGCGAUAGUAUGGAUCGGAAAAAAUCUGUCGUGGUCACCGAAGCAGAAAAGAAAGCAUUGACGGCUCAGCAGCUGGGUACGGAGGAAAUGACCAUUGAACAAGUAUCAAAGGUGCGAACCCCGACAGUGGAGCCCAUCACCCAUCGUCCGCGUACGUGGACCUGUGCGCCUCCAUCGAAUGACCCCAUGACGCCGCCGUUGGACUAUGGAUGCACCUUGUUUGAGCCUGGACCGUAUGCUUGUUCAUCAAAUCGCAUCUACCGAGGAAGCAGCAUGCAUUCAAGCCAGGGACGUCGCUUUGACCGAAUCAGCGCCCCGCCUUCCAUGCCUAGCAAGGAUACAGAUAAUUUGGCCAGUAACGAUGAAGCCAUUUCUUCGGUGACACGCACAAUGAUUGGCGAGUGGAUGUGGAAAUACACACGCAAUGUCGUGGGAACCAGGAUCUCGGAAAAAAAGCAUCGUCGAUUUUUCUGGAUUCAUCCUUACACAAAAACUCUCUAUUGGAGUGCGCAGGAUCCCAAUGUAAACGGCGGUGAAUGGAAUGCCAAAAGUGUGUCUAUCGAGUCAUUUGUCGUUUUAUCUUUUGGCCGCCAUGCUUCGUCUAGGCACCAACCACCAAGUGUUAUUAUCAAGACAUCCACUCGAGACGUAAAAAUCCAAUGCCUUGACCAUCAAUCUUACCGCAUUUGGACCCAGUCGCUACGGUAUCUGUUAUAUGAAGAAGUGGAAAAAUUGCCUUGUCAUUCAUUGCCCAACCAUUCACCUUGGUCAGAGCGUCGAUUUCCACGAUUUUCGCCAACCAACGAAGGCAUCAAUCCUUCCAUUCCACGUAUCUUGCGUCAAUCCGUCACCCCGUCAGUGAGGAACCUGUCCCUUCAUUGCAAAAGCGACACUUCCCAAACGGCAGACGAUCGAUCGCUGGAUCAUCAGUCCGCGUUAUUUCAGCAGACGCUAUCGCUUGACGAGACCAGUGACGUUCCAUCUUCCUCCGCCCCACCAAUUUCUCCAGGCAAACGAUUAAGACAUCGCUUAUCGCGCCGCUUUUUCGAACUGGGAUUUACCAAGACUGCCGAGAAACUGUACCCACAAACCCACAUUUUUGAUUCCAAGCUUGAAUGCUAAAGUUUUUACUGAUCGAUGACCCGAUAUAUCAUUUAUUCACUCUAUACCCUUUAAGAAUCCUAUUAUCAUAAUGAACUUGAGUCUAUGCAUAUAUGAACCUUUCCUUUCCAG